AUGACUUUCUCACCUCUGUUGUCGGACUUCACGCAGCAGCUGUCUCAGGUGUACGAGCAACACGCUGAGGAGUUACAGCUACUCGUUUCCAGCUUUCGCAAGCGCAACGCCGAGCUACGCAAAGAAAGGCCGGCGUGCCACAGCUCGCUGUUCCAGACGUGGGAGACGCUGCUGCAGGAGGUGGAGGUGGACUCGCAGGCGCACGCCGACAUCGCGUCCAUCCUGGGCCGGCAGGUGGCGCGGCCCCUGCUCGAGCGCACCUUCCACCGCAAGAUCCAGUCGCGCAAGGUCUUCACGCAUCGCGAGAGCUUCGAGGUCAUCCUGGCCAAGGCAGAGGACAAGUUAGCCAAGUGUCGACAGGACUACAAAAACGCAUAUCUGUCGUACAUGUCGAAUCCAACGAACGCCGCAAUGGCGGCGUAUCUGGACUGCCACAACAGCUAUGUGCAGCAGCUGCACGCUACCAACGGCAUGCUGGACCAAUAUCACACUGAGACACUGCCACAGCUACUCCAGGAGCUGGAAGAUGUGUAUAGCGACCUCUGCACCACGCUGGCGGACUCCGUUCUGCAAGGGGCAGAGAUCAUCAGCUCACGGGCGGAGGAGCAGUCGCGGCGGUACGAGGGCGUGUCGGGGCAGUGCCGCGCGGUGUCGGCUCGCCAGGACGUGGCCAGCCUGGUGCACUCGCUGGCCUCGCCGCAGCAGCACUCCCAGCGCCACGCACACACCCACGCCUUCGCGUCGCCGCAGCCGCCGCCCACGCCGCAACCCGACAACCCGGAUGGCACGCCCAACGACGGGCCGCCCACUCCAGAGCAGACUCCGCCACCGCUACUCAAGAACGAAAUCAUUGUGGACCGACUGGCGUCGGUGAGCGUGCGAACACGGCUGGAUACUCUCCGCAAAGAAGCCAUGGAUCUGGAGCAGCAGAUGAAGCAGAACCAAGACGCCUUGGACACUCUGCUGCGCAUUCAACAACGGAGUUUGGAGUCGAGUCUUUUCAACAAAGCGAAUGAGCUGCAAGAGGACAUCAGCUUAAAGAGGUUUGAUCUGCGCGUCGCCCAGAUCCAUUUGGGCGCAGUUAAGGCACAGAAAGAGCUGUUUGCCUCGAAGGCGGAAAGCGCCUCCGACGGUAUGCGCGAGAGAAAGAUGUCCUCCUCCUCCACCGGCAGCAUGAAGAAUAAGUGGCUCAAGGCCUUCAAGAGCCUCAAAGCCAGCAACACCAGCGACGGCGCUCUCAAAGAGACGGAGAAAAAAAAUCAAAUGUACCAUGCAGUUUCAGCCAUCAUGACAAUGAGGAAAGAAGCGGCGGCGGGCCCGGACAGCGGCUCGCACUCCUUGCAAGAGUACACCUACCGGAAGAUCACUCCCUGCGACGUCUGUUCCCAGGUACUCAGAGGCCACACGCGACAGGGCCUCAAGUGCAAAGUGUGCAAGGUGAACGUGCACGCCGACUGCCAGGAGCGUCUGGGCCGCUGCCAGCCCAAGUCGCGGCUGCUGCGCCGCCAGAAGUCCACGUCGGAGAUCGAGACGCGCCACGCCGACCUGGUGGCCGGCAGCCCGCUGCCCCUGCCACACGACCAGAAGGAGGAGGUAGACGCGACGUACCAGGUGCUGAAGCAGGCGGGAGAGAUCCGCUCGGCGGGGCCGCAGCCGCACCAGCCUCAGCAGCAGCAGCAGCCGCAGCAGCACAACUCGCAGCACAACCCGCGCCGCUCCCUGCGGCCGGCCUGCUCGUCCAGCUCAGCCCCCCAUAGCCCAAGACGACAGAAGCUGAAUCUACGCAUGAAAAGUUUGUCACUAGAUUCACCAGAGUCUACAGAGCAUGUACAGAAACGGAGACAUGCAGCAGCUCAGUCAGCCUGUCUUGACCCACAGACUAGCCACUCUUCCUCAUCUCGCAUUGAGUGCUCCCAAGAAAUACCGCGCCAACACAGAACUGUCUUUAUACAUAAUGGUCGAUGCUGGUCAACUCCAUCAAGCCCUGUUCACAACCGCAGGCUACUGUCUGCAAGGAACAUGCGAAUGAGUUCUGUUGAACUUCCAGAUGAAAAUGAAAAAUCUCUGUCUUCUGCCAGUACAUCACCAUGUCCUUCUCCAAAAUCUCACCGACUCCUGCCAACAAACUUGUAUGUUGUACUGUAUAAUUUCAAGUCUCGUCAUCCUGAUGAACUGGAUCUUAAAGCUGGAUACAAGGUGACAGUAAUUGAUGCCUCUGACAAAGACUGGUGGAAAGGAAAAUGUUUUGGCAGAGUUGGUUAUUUUCCAUCAAAAUAUGUUAUUAAACUCCAGCCAGGUGAGAAGGCACUGCAAGUUACCCACAAUCUUCAAGUAUCAGAUGGCAACAAUGGACUCAUGCUUCUGAGAGACCAGAUUGUAAUUCAAGUGGGAGAAGAGUUGGAUGGAAUGGUAAUGAUUCGAAAUGGAGAAAAUCAACAAGGAGUCUGUCCUCUUAAGUUCCUGCAAGAAGUGUGACAAAGAAUCCAGCAAAGGGUAGAAAUGGUUUCUGGGCCUUGCUCCUCAUCAAAUGUCAAAAGAAACACAUUUGCACAUAAAUACACCAGCAGGAAACUACCAACUCCAGCAUCAUAUAUGAAAUAUAUAUUUGAUGGUUCUUUAAUGGAUGUGACUUCACCUACAGUAUUAUCCUGUAAUUUUCAGUGUGGCUGUACUAGGGACGGGGGAAAAGCAAAAUUACCAUUAAUCAAUGUCUUGAGUGAGAAAAUUCACAACAGCACACCAAAAGCAAAGAAAAAUAAUGCAAUUCGAGAUUUUUUUUCAAGUUCAAGUCGCCCAUUAAGAAUAUCACCAGCACUAUCAAUAUCUGAUGACAGUGACACAAGCUUUUUCUUUAGAGAAGCUACACAUUCUCAGGUCAGACCACUAUCAGUCCAAAUAAAUCCACAUUAGUCAUUUCGGCUGAUGAAGUUCAUCAUAACAAUAGAUUUUUGUAUGGCUAUUUAUGAAACUAAUAUAUAUUCAACAUUUUUUAAGUCUGGUAACACUUCUAUGGAAGUACACAUGACAAACAAAUAUAUCCCAAGAAAUCUGAUGUACAAAUUUAUUCAAAUUAACAGUUUCAUGGAUAACACAGCAUUAACAACUAAGGAAUAUAUAAAUAUAUGAUGUACCGUUCCAAGAAGGAAAAGAAAAUUAUUGCUUUCAUCAUUGUUCCCUAGAGCACUGAGUAAACAUUUGAUUUCUCACAUUCCUUAUUUCAUAAUGAACAUGUUAAAGGCAUCUAUAGUUUCAAUAUUACUAUUAACACAUUAUGGAUGUAUUACAGUAUGAUGAUGUAUUAAAUGAUGAUAUGAAAUCGUAUAUAUUAUCCAAAUGAAAAAAGUUAGCUUUUGUGUCACAGUAGCUGUAGAGUAGUUCUAUAUCACUGGAAUAAUGCAUAGCAGUGAAGUAGAUGAAUAGAAGAAUAUGGUAUGUUUGUGAUGUACAUAUGCUGAUUUUGUCUAUUUGGUUGAUUGUUCUGCUGAGGUAGCUGACAGAUCUCAGAACCUAUUGAAAGUGCUGUAAUUCUUUGUGAGCAGUACUUCAUUUGUUUUCAUAUUGUAAAUGACUUGUAAGAAUAAAAUCACAAUAGUCAUCCUUUCUCAUUUUUCCCACAGUGUUAUUUCUAAAUCCCAUUCACAACCCAGUUUGAUUUCCAACUAUGCUUUUAUUCAGUUCUACAUAGCCUCUUUGAAAUGCUAUUUACUGAGUUGUAGAAUAUAUUGAAACUAUUCUAAAUAAAUCCUAUGUAGUUGCACAUUGAAUGUGACAACAUAAGCUGCAACAAUUACUUGUGACACAGUUGGUUGUAACUUCAAAUGAAAUUAAGUUUAGCUUUGUAAAAUAUUGUACUUCCUUUAUGUCUGUAAUCAGUGUCUUAUAAUACCUUAGAAAGUAGUAAAAAAUUCCAGGUAGGACUGGAGUUACUUCUAAUGUAAAUACCAUAGCUAACAUGUAGUACUGAACUUCAAUUUUGGUUAUUCAGAAAACUGAACAAAAGUAAAUGAAAAUUUAUGUUGCUGUUGAUAAUAUUUGUAUUCAGUAAGUCAAAAAGCUUUACAUUCAACAAGCAAAUACAAAAAAAUGGCCCUACAUCUUGUGCAUAUGUUACCAGACAUAGACAGCAUCAUCAGCAAAAGCACCUAAAAGGUUUUUAACUGACAAACUGUUGUAGUAUCUACUCUGUGAUUACUGUGCUUUUUUACAUCCAUACAAAAUCAUAUAUAGGCCACUUCUUUGUCAUUUAUGGAACAUAGUGGUGUAUUUUCAUUCAGACCUCAUGCAAAUGCCCUUCUGAUUUUUAUGAAACAAAUAUAAACAGCCAGUGCAGUCAGAAAAGAGAAUUUAAGGAAAAUGUUGGUGUACAUAAUGCAAUCUGUCAUAAAAUGGUAUUAUUUUUGACAUAUUUUAGAAAUUUCUUAAAUCUACAAUUCCUAGCUUUGCAUUUGAUGACUGAAAUUACCAUAUAACUCAGUUUUAACCACAACAAAAACAGAAAACUAUUUUCAGUAACUCAAAAAUAUUUGUACCAUGUAAUGGAACAUUUCUAUGACUUCGUUAAAGAACAGGAGGGUGCAUUACAUUUUCAUUGUAAAGGAAUUUAAGACAUGCCACUGAUAUAUUGUGACACUUCUAGUUGCAAACUCAAAGUCUUGAGAUCUAUUAUAUUAUGAGAUCACUUUGUACUAUGUUGUGUAUUGUGUGUCUAUCAGGCAUAACUGUGUAAAAUACGGCUAUUUCUUCAGUGUACCAUCUUUCUUAUUUGAAAUAAUAAUUUGUAUUGAAGACUUACUUUAUGUUUUGUAGUCUUAAAUGUGGAUUAAAAAUAAAUGUUGCACUCUAUGAAUAAA